GGUAAAUCAUAUCAGUUUCUGUUCCACCAGCAACCACAACAAGAUCCCUGCAAGAUGUUCAAGUUUUUCGCUCUGUGCCUUUUCGCCAUCGUCGCUUUGGCCGCUGCCAAGCCGCAGUUUUUGACCGCCUACAGUGCGGCCACGCCUUAUGUGGCAGCCACGCCCUAUGCGGCCUACACUGGCGGCGUUUACGCUUCGCCCUACACCGCUGCCUACACCAGCGGCGUGUAUGCCGCCUCGCCCUACGCCUACAGCGCGGGUUAUCCCUACAGCUCUGUGUAUCUGAGACGUUAAAAAGGAACCACAGACGCCGAAUGGAGUGUUCACUGUACCCUAAAACCCGAUGACAACUUAAUGAAUAAAUAAAACUGAUAAUUCUUGACGAAGAUA